GUCAGCUUCCUCAAGAAAAUGUUAACUUCUAGAAAUAAAGCAGUUAUGAAUCGGUAACAUUGUCAAUGCAAAGGAGAGACUAUACAGUAUAGACUUUACAUAACAUAACUUUCCACUUGGUGGAUCUUAUGAGACCCAGUAAUAUAUGUGAUGGUUAGUCUGUUACAGUUCAUAUAGCCUAUAGCCUUCAUAUGUUCUAUCUCACCAGCAGCCAGAUGGCUCUUUUUCUCCUUCGUUUCAAGACAGGUCCUUGAGAGGCCUUCCCUCUCAGACUUGUCAAGGACAGCUGACUACAGGGAAGCAGGAAUGAAAGUGUUCUCUCUGGUUUUAAAUAUCAUUUUCUCUUGGGUCUCGCUGGUCAGUGUGGAGUUUUUCGUCAUGUUUCGCAAGAGGUUUUUGUGUUACUUCAAGGUGGACUGGGAUGUGUUCAGUUCAAGGGUAUCUCACAUGGAGGCAGCAAUCCGCCGGUGCCCUUUCCUCACUGUAGUUCCCGGUGUUCUGUAUCUGGCUGGGAAGGUGUCGCUGGGGAGAUAUGCCCAAAGAUGCCCCGUGAUGAUGGACCUGGCCUCCAGACCUCUGGCCCGAGCACUGUCCUCUUCAGCUUCUUCGUCCAAAGGCACACCAACAAAUGAAGAUCAGAAGCAGGAAGUUAAGAUGCCCCCAGGUCACUUUACGCCACCUGCUGGUCAAACUGCAGGCUCCAAAUGCCCCUUCCUGGCUGCAGAAAUGGGGCAGAAAAACAACAGGGUAGUAAGAGAGGCCCGCAUGGAGCUGCAAGAGGACGUCCAGGAAAUGCAUUCUGUUCGCACAGGGAAAAAAGAUGUGGAUUUAUCAGUUGUGGAUCUUAUCGAGGCAGACAUAAACAACACAAAGACACCAAAAACGUUUUUUAAACCUUCCAAAGUGUCUCACCUGCUCAAGGACAAUCUGCCCGACGCCAUGACCUUCCAGUAUGACAAGUAUUUUGAAAAGAAGAUUGAAGGCAAGAAGAAGGAUCACACGUACAGGGUUUUUAAGACCGUGAACAGGCUGGCCUCCUCAUUCCCCAUGGCAGACGACUUCUCAGAGUCAGUUUAUGCCCGCAGAGACGUGUCUGUGUGGUGCAGCAACGACUACCUUGGCAUGAGUCGUCACCCCAAAGUCACCCAGACAAUUAUGGAGACUGUAAGAAAGCACGGUGCCGGUGCUGGAGGCACACGAAAUAUUUCAGGGACGAGCAAAUUUCACGUGGAACUGGAACAGGAGCUAGCCGACCUGCACAAGAAGGAUGCCGCAUUGCUGUUCACUUCCUGCUUUGUAGCCAAUGACUCCACGUUGUUUACUCUGGCAAAAAUGCUUCCAGGUUGUGAAAUUUACUCUGACGCUGGCAACCAUGCCUCAAUGAUCCAGGGUAUAAGAAACAGCGGAGUGAAGAAGUUCAUUUUCCGUCACAAUGACGUCAGCCACCUGCAAGAGCUACUUGAGAAGUCAGACCCCUCCACUCCUAAAAUUGUUGCCUUUGAGACGGUGCAUUCAAUGGAUGGGGCUGUGUGCCCUCUUGAGGAGAUGUGUGACAUUGCCCACAAGUUUGGUGCCAUAACUUUUGUGGAUGAAGUCCAUGCUGUGGGCCUGUAUGGACCCAGAGGAGGAGGGAUCGGGGACAGAGACAGAGCCAUGCACAAGAUGGACAUCAUCUCUGGUACCCUUGGAAAGGCAUUUGGCUGCGUGGGCGGCUACAUCGCCAGCACCAGCGCCCUGGUGGACACGGUGCGCUCCUACGCGGCAGGCUUCAUCUUCACCACCUCCCUGCCCCCCAUGGUGCUGGCGGGGGCAAAGGAGUCCAUCAAGGUCCUGAAAAGUGAGGAAGGCCAGGUGCUCAGGAGGAAACAUCAGAGGAGCGUCAAGCUGCUCCGACAGAUGCUGAUGGACUCGGGCCUCCCGGUGGUCCACUGCCCGAGCCACAUUAUUCCUGUUCGGGUGGCAAAUGCAGAGAAGAACACUGAGAUCUGUGACAUCAUGAUGUUACGUUACAACAUCUACGUCCAGGCAAUCAACUACCCCACUGUGGCCAAAGGAGAGGAGCUGCUGCGCAUCGCACCCACACCUUACCACACUCCCCAGAUGAUGUUCUACUUUGUUGACCGGCUGGUGAAGACGUGGAAGGAGGUGGGGAUGGAGCUGAGGCCGCACUCCUCAGCAGAGUGUGACUUCUGCCAGCAGCCUCUUCACUUGGAGCUGAUGAGUGAGAGGGAGAAGUCCUACUUCACAGGCCUCAGUCACAUGAUAUCAGCAGUAGCCUGAAAUCACAUAUAAACACUUGAUCCCAACAAGCACCACCUUCCUGAAUUAAAGAUAUGUAUUCUAUUUAAAUAAAACAUAUUACUA